UGGAGCAGGUCCCCAGGCAAGUCGGCCAUCCACGUGGACAAGAAUUCAACUCCUGGCCAGGAGCUCUAUCUCCCUGAAGUUCGGAUGGUGCGGCCUGGCGUGGCCUGGCGUGGCCUUGCACUGCUAUUGGGCGAGGACUGUCUUUCAUUGAACAAGCUCCCACAAUAACUGCCACAGGUGACGGCUGCUGUUCGCUUCGAGCGGGGAGCCCUGGAAUGGUUAAAGAACAAGUUCGGACAGCCAGUCAAUCGCUGCUGCUCCCUUCACCCGCUGCGUGGAAUACAAGUACCCCAGGCCCUGCACUUCAUCACACUUCCACUUUUCCUUCUCACGCACCCAGCUUUUGCGGCAGCACUCAGCAGCAACCGACCUCUUCGUCGAUACAUCGCAGCGAUACCGGUGCAUAUCCAUUGCUCAUCCUCACCAUCAACAUGGGUGGCACCAAUUGGACUCGGGAAGAGGAGAUUAUCUUCUGGCUGAAGCUGAUUCCCCGCUCCCCGAAGCGUCUUGGACAAGAUAUCACGAAGAACGAGGAGCACUCCUGGGGAUGGGUCGCCCAGCAGAUGACGAAGAUGAUGGCUGGCAAGACCACCCGCGAGUACACGGAACAGUGUGUCCUCGAGCACUACUUCCAGAACUGCUGCGGUGCGCGCUUCUCGCCCAACGCGGGUAAACUGCCCAAGAAGUACUGGCUGCACGAGAGGGAUCGAAGGGCCGCCAAAGCCAAGGCCCAGGCCGAGGCUGCCGCGGUCAAGCGCAACAAGGCGUCAAAGAAGGAUCCUGUCGCCGCGGCCAAUCGCGACGGCCCCAAUGCCCAGACUGCGACGGGCUCCCAGCAGGCUCCGAUCAAGAUCGACGACGACUGUCAGUAUCCCAAUCCCCGAUCCCACCACGCUCAACUCCCGUCUGGCCGGUUCACGGUCCCGCCGUCGCCGAGCUCCCGUUUCGCUUCCCGCGGUUCCCUGCCGGCCCAGUACUACCCCGAUCGCUCUCUGGCUAACCAUGGUCGUGCUGAGAAUGCAGAGGCAGUGGAGGACGGACUGUUCGUGGCCCAGCCUGCCGCUUCCUGGGUGGAUACCGAGGCUUUUCGGGCCAGCAACCACCGCCAGUGAAGGGCGCCGGUCACGAUUCUACUCAGCGCCUACUUCUUCUUUUUGGCUGGACAGAUAGGAAAGGGCCACGCUGGUUUUGAACACAGGUCGCCGG